UUAACUUUUUUUCGCAUUUGAUAAACAGUUUGCCCCGAACAUGCGGGCAACGAGCAUCGAUGUAAUCGCGUUUUCUCUUCCACAAUUAACACAAUUUUUUUUUUCAUAAGAAGACCGACAUUUUCUUUUCGUAUACAAAAAAAAAAAACAAUUACUUUAAUGAAUGCAAUCAUCCUAUUGAAAAUAUAUAAACUAAUUCGCGACUUGAUAGCAAAAAAGAAGAACGCAAAACUGAAUCGCAUGGUAAGCAUGAAUUCAACAGUGAUUUUAAAUAAAUGGUGUAAUAAAUGUUCAAAAUUGAAUAAAAACAUCUCACAUUAAUAACAAAUGAUCAUUGUGAAUGAAUAAAUCGGGUAUAAUUCGAAUUAUUAGUCGAUAAAUCGGGGAAGGAAUAGUGGAAAAACACACGUUGUCAAGCACCAAAACCAAUUGAAACGCACUCAUUUGCAUUCGAUAUAACAAGCACAAGACGAAAGUUUUCAUAAGAAGAAGAAGAACAAGAAGAAAACACGUGCUACUCAGAAGGCAUCGUUAUCAAUUCGCAUAAACUAAGCCACAAAUUUAUUGUGCGUUGGCGCCAAUGCGUCCAUUUAGGAAUGCGUGAACUCUCUCUCUCUUUCUCACUAUGUGUGUGCAUCUGGGAAAAUGUUUGAAGUGGAAAAAUCCCACGCUGUUGAAAAACAUGAAAAAUUUCCGCGCAAUUUAAUUGAAUCUCGUUCGAUGAUUACCAAGUCAUAAAAGCGCUUGGACGAAAACAAAUUUGUUGCUGAACUGCCAAUAAAUGCGUCAGUGUUGAAGUUUAACUUGUGAAUAGUGUACGAUAAAUUGACGGGUAGUGAUACUAUUAUUGACUGUACAUUGGAGAUAAAUUAAUAAUUUUCUCUCAAAAUGAAAUUAAAUAGAAACUGAUGUGAAAAUGAAACUAAAAGCGAAAAAGUGAAUCCACAAGACAAAGGUGGAAUUUUGGUGUGGCAUUUUUUCUUGAGGGAAGAGGAAAUUGCGAUGGACCAAAGUACGGUGGCGGCAAUCGGUCCAAUGCCAAAUGACAGUGCGACUAGUUCAAGUGUGAGUCAACCGUUGAACGAUAGUUAUGUGAAUCAUGCUCCACAAUUUACCCAUGCCGCAUUGAUCCGUGUUUAUGUGCUCGUCAUGCUUGGCAUCAUUUCGUUGGUGGGCAAUGUUGCGAUCCUGUUGCACAUCAGCAAAACGCGCAAUAGUCGACGCAAUUCACGACAUACCUGGAGCGCAAUAUAUACCCUAAUUCUACAUUUAUCGAUAGCCGAUUUACUCGUUACGAUUUUCUGUAUUUUCGGCGAAGCAGCAUGGAACUACACGGUUGAAUGGAUUGCCGGCGAAAUCAGUUGCAAAAUGAUGAAAUUGUUCCAGAUGUUUGCCUUGUAUUUGUCGACAUACGUUCUAGUUCUGAUUGGUAUCGAUCGAUGGGUGGCAGUUAAAUACCCAAUGAAAUCACUUAACAUGGCCAAGCGCUGUCAUCGACUUCUCAUUUUUUCCUAUAUCCUCUCAUUAGUCAUGAGUUUGCCACAGUAUUACAUUUUCACGGUGACGCGCGGCCCAUUCAUCGAGGAAUUUUAUCAGUGUGUUACGUACGGUUCAUAUUCGGCGCCUUGGCAAGAGCAACUAUACACAAUGUUUACGCUUGUGUUCAUGUUCAUCAUUCCACUCGGAAUUUUGCUGCUUACUUACGUUUCCACAUUCAAAACCAUCGCAGACAGCGAGAAAAUAUUCCAAGUCAACGAGACGUCAAAUGAUCAGGAUCGCAAAUUGAAUAAUAGACAGAAGCUAAUCCAUCGUGCCAAAAUGAAAUCGCUACGAUUAUCGGUAGCCAUUGUGGCUGCUUUCAUUAUUUGCUGGACACCGUACUAUAUUUCGAUGCUGAUUUUCAUGUUCAUGAACCCCGACGAACGGUUCGGCGAUGAUCUGAUGUCAGCAAUUUUUUUCUUCGGCAUGUCCAACAGCGUCGCUAAUCCAAUCAUUUAUGGCGCAUUUUCAUUGUGGCCUGUACGAAAUCGCAACAGAAAGAAAAGCACAUACAACAAUAAUAAUAACCGAAGCAGCUUUACGAGGUAUUUCAAAGCCAACGCAUUUUUUAUUAGUAUUUCUUCUCAUCCAGUUAUUAUCUGUGCUAUAAUGACUAUAUUUUCAAGUUAUUUGCAUUUCAAUGAGCUCACUUUUCUGUCUUUUUGGCACAGAGAAUACUCGCAGAGUCAAAAAGGCAUAGUAACAUCAAUGACGACAAUGCUUGAAUCAUCACGACGAAUAUCGAAAAAUCAAAGCAAUGGCAAUGGUCACAAUGCACAAUUUUCAAAUAUAAAAUACCACCGCGAAAUUCCAAUCACAAGUAACACCAAUUGUUGAUUCGAUGGCAAAUUCAUAAUUUUUAACUUAUACGUUAAAGUACACCUUUCUUUUCUAAGCUUGGCUCAUACGUAGUUAAUUUUUUUUGUAUUUAUUACCAUUAGAAAUUAGUAAUCGACAAAUGAUACUGUUUAUUCAAAUUAUUGUAUCAAUAGAAUAAACGUGGAGACAUUUCACAGUGAUUGAAAGUGGUUUUGCGUUCGAGUUUUGGUUUUUGUUUUUGUUUUGUUUCCUAUGUUUUGUCAGGGAUAUGCAGCGAUACCAAUAUUAACAAGGAACUUCUGUGUUUAUGGUUUGUUGGAUGGCCGGCCGUACAACCCGGCAAAGAGAAUAGUGAAUAUGUUUAUACGCACUUUUUAGAAUAUAAGCUGGCGAAUAUAUUCACGCAGUGAACAUAUUUGAUGCCCAUUGGACACCUAUAUCCAAUCAAUGGAUGCCAUAACCAUCAGAUCAGACAGAAUACGUUUGAAAAUGUUUUACACUGUACGUAUUUAGAAUAUGUACAAAAAUAUAAAUUCAAUAUGCGUCUAACAGGCGUGAAUAUAUCUUCCAGUAUGUACAGUGUACACGGCGUACAAAGGCGUAUAAACAUAUUCGCAUUCUAUCAAUCCAAAAGAGUAACAGAUUGUAACUCAUUUGUUGGUGUAGUGAUCAAACUCAUUUCAAUCAUCAAAUUAAUCAAUAAUGUGCUUCAUUCGUUCGACGUUUUUUGUGAUAAGCAUUAACGUUUUAUGAUUUCUAAAAUUCUCGUGUCUAUUUUUCUAAUGAUUUUUCCGACAUUUUCUUAAAAUAAAAACAGAUAUUCGUUUAGACAAUGGUUAACACUUUUUUUUAAUUAAAUUUUGGUGAAACAAAAUAUUUUCGUAAGUUUCUCUACAAAUCAAAAUUGAGGUGUUUUGUCAGGAUCGAUUUAUAUUGACGGAGGGGGAUGUGGAAAAAUUUAAAGAAAUAAUUGAAGAUCUUAAAUCAAAUGAACCAUUGUUGUUGUUGUUUUAUUCUAAAUUUACUCCGAUCCUGAACCAGAACCACUUCGCUUUGCCGGCGAACCUGUUCCACUCCUACUACCGCUACGACUUCGUGAACGGGAUGGAGAACGAGACCGGGAACCUAAUUUGGAAUGAUGAUAAAGAGAGUUAGCAAAAAGUGAAAUAAAAUAAUAAAACAAUUUAAUGGGAGCUUACUAACCACUUCUGCUUCUUGCAGAACCACUUCGACUACGACGAGAUGCGGCACUUCCACUGCGUGAUCGACUUGGUGAUCGUGAGCCUAUCAAAAGAUUAUUCAUUUAAUUUUAGUAAAAAUUUCACAUAUUUAUCAUAGUGAAGGGGUGAAAAAAUGUGUGAGCUGUUGAACUGAGUGAAUUUUGUCACAAAUUAGUGGAAAUGCAAUUUUUAUCAAAAUUUUUUAUGAGACGUUAUUGUCUAAAUCAAAUUGUAUAUAACCCAAUUAGAUUCAGUUGAAUACGUACCGCUUUUGCUUCUCGACCGAGCACUUCCACUGCGUGAACGACUUGGUGAUCGCGAGCCUACAAAAAUAUCAUUUUUUAUUCAAUGUUCCAAAAAUACUAUCGUAAGUUCACAAUUUCAAAUUGAAUGUGAUGCAAUGCAAGAGUGAAAUAAAGCCAAAACAAAUAUAAGUAGAUAUUGAAUACGAACCGCUUCUGCUUCUUGAUCGAGCACUUCCACUGCGAGAUCGAGAGCGUGACACUGAACGAGAACCAGAUCGUGAGCGUGAGCCUAAAAAAUAUCAACAAAAUCGUAAAAUUUAUUCUAAUUAUACCAUCAACAAGGUGGUGUACCUAAAAAUGCUAUACAAUUGCAAUGAAAAUUAACUUAUGUAAGGUUGAAUCUAGUUGAGUUGUAAGUAUUUCAUAACCUCAUGAAAAUUGAUAUUCUUUAUUAUUUGCACAUGAAAGUGAAUACACGAAAACGUGAAGUUUUCUUGGGUGGACGACAUUUCUUCGUGUAUUAAAAAUUAACCUUGUCUUCUUCAUAACAAAUGUGAAUUUGAAUGAAUUGGCUAAAAAUGUUUGGUGAAAAGUGCUAUGAAAUGUAUAGAGAUUUUACCUGAACCACUUCUACUUCUGGACCGGGCACUGCCACUGCCUGACGCCGACCUCGAACGUGAGCCUGUCGUUGGAAAUAUGGAUAAUUCAAUUUAAUUUGAGCAAAAAAUGUUGAUGAAAAAAAUUCGCUCAAUUCAGCUUUUUUUCAUUACCUGAACUUCUGCUGCGGCUGCGUGAACGACGCCCGUUAUCUUUAUCUGAUUCGGAUUCACUGGUUGAAAUAGUUGCUUUCGAAAUGAUGCGCAUUUUUUGUGAUUUAGUGAGUCCAUCAUCCUUGUCUUUUUUGGCUGGUUUUGUACCUCUCGAACCUUUCUUUCGGCCGCGUUUCUCUUUGGGCCCUUCACUUUCACUGCCCGAUUGUCGUCGGCGCCGUUUUUCACCUUUCCCACCUUUGCCUUCACGUUUUUUCCUACCUUUCGUUGCCUUCUUACGUGGUUUUUCGCCACCUUCACCGCCACCCUCACGAUUUCCAUCGGCUUCACUGCCCGAAUCUGAAACAUAACCAUCACGACGACCUCUACCGGGUCCUUUCUUCCUUUCUGGUGGUGGCUCCGAGAAAAGUAAGGCAUUUUUCGUUUUUUCCUUAAAUUCUUCACGUUUCGCCAACAUUUCUUCUUCGGCUUUGCGCCGCUUCUCGACCUCCAGAAGGCGUUCAUGCUCUUGCCGCUGUUUGAAUGCCGCACGUUCUUGCUCUUGUUUAUUUCGGAGGGUACGCUCCUCUUCGUCAAUGCGACGGGCACGAGAUACAUGGUACUGAGCCUGUGACAGCAAAUCUUGACAUUGAUUCGCUUCAAUGCUGGCCAACCCAAUGUUGUAACGCUGCUUGUCACCAUGCACUGAAAGGUAAGUGAAGUAUCUGGAAAAAAAAGGGUGAAACCGUUUUAAAAUAAAAAGUUUUACAAAAGUAAACGUACUUUUCCGCACAUUUUGUUGUUGUUUUUUUUAUGUUUUGAUGUUUGUUCGGCUAUCGUGUUAAAUGACGGCUUAUCAUGAGAAAAUCGUUUUGAAAAAGCCAAAAAAUGCAUUUUACGUUAUGAAAUUGUUUUUUUUAAUGCAUAAAAAAUCCAAGAGUCCUUUGGGUGUAUAAUGUACCAAAAGUACCAGAUGAACUGGUCUAAUUUGAUCCAAUUCUUGAUACAUCCAAGAUAUUUACAUACAACACCUCCUGGCCGAAUUUGAGCAAAAUCUCCCAAGAGGUUCGGAAGUUAUCGUGGACACAAAAAAUUAUUGUCACAUUUUUUCUCACGAUGAUCGCUAUACUUUUCUUCGUACACUUCGUGUGCGGAAAAGUAAAAAAAUUUCGUUAGAAAAAAAUUGGUUUGCGAUUUGAUAUUCAAUUAUCAAUCUUUGACUUCAAUUUCGUUGAUAUUGAUUAAUAUUUAUAUUUCAAUUGCCUUUAGAAAUGAACGUGUCAGAAUGAAAACAAGGUUUGACGUACUUGAUAAAUUCAGAGCGCAAAACAAUUGCAUAACAAAGCGAAACAAAAUUUUGUUAUUACGACACGUGAGCUUGUCAAAUGUUUCAUUCUGACGCAUUCAAAUAUUUCCAACGAUAAUAAUAAGAGCUGACAAUUAGUUGACAACUUACUUGUGUGCCAAACCCAAUUCAUGGACCGCCUGAAGAACAAUUUCAAGCGUCGACUUUUCAUCUUUUAGAAUUAACAUGGCUAGUCGCUGAAGAACCAGAGCGAUAUUGAACAACAAAACCUAAAAACAAAAAAGGAAUUUUUUUUAUUAGAAACAAAGGAGUUGGAGGCUGGGGGUAGACAUGGAAUUUACUAUUAGAAAAGAUUUGAUUCAAAGAGAUUCAUGAAGAUUCGGAAAAAUUUGAACUAUUUAACUAGGGGGCUAGGUUGUAGGCUUAUGAUGAUGCACAACAACGAUGAAACGUCAAAGAAAUCCACAAAAAAAAAUUAAUGAAAAAAGAAAAA